UGACGCGACACUAUUUAGGGUUCUAAAGCUAUGCUGGAUUUCUGCGAGCAGAGUGUGGGUGUAGCGCUUCUUCAGCUGGUAAGCCGAGCACAGGCGCUUAUUGCAGAGCUUUUGCGGCUCUCAGAUCGUGUUCCGGAGGAGUUUAAGUCGCCCGGAUCCAUCUUCGCGCCUCUGCUGUUCGAUUUCAGGUACUUCAAGUCGCCUGAUGUUUUCGAGGAGCGUAUAGAAUCAAAUGCUGAGCUAUCUUCCCUGGACGACGAGUUUCGAGACAAGUUUUCUGACUUGUUAGAACGGUUCUUCCAGCUCUUCAAUGGCAUUGUAAACUACUAUCUCGAUCUUACACGGUAUCUGGAAGAUCUUCAGGAAGGUGUUUACAUCCAGAGCACUGUCGAAAGCGUUCUCCACAACGAGGAUGGUUGUCAACUGCUAGUAGAAGCAUUGGUGCUUCUAGGCGUCGUUCUCAUUCUCCUUGAACAUCGUCUCGAUGGAACACUCCGAGAGAACCUUUUGGUUUCAUACUUUCGCUGCAAAGGCACGUUUGACGUCCCAAACUUCGAGUCCAUUUCUACGCUUUGCCGGCACUAUCCUCAGCCAACAUCUUCGCCCGUGGUGGCUGUGACAGCGUUUCUUCAAAGUUCCCCGCCACCAGUCCCGGCAACGAUGCUCAACCUGCACAGGCCAGAGGAAUCGUUUUCACGCUUUCCUUUGCCGAGUUCUCUGGUGAAAACGGUAAUUGGAAGGCUGAAGUCUCACGACCUGUACAAUCAAGUCGGGCACUAUCCUAGUCCGGAUCACAGAACUACAGCUCUUCUUGGUCAAGCUGCCAGCCUUUACGUGCUACUCUACUUCGCUCCAACCAUUCUUCACUCCGAUAGUGUGAUGAUGCGGGAGAUUGUGGACAAGUUUUUCAGAGUUUACUGGGUACUUCCAGUCUUUAUGGGAUUCACCGUGGACCUUCUCAGUGCAUGGAGUCGAUUCAAAGCGGCAAAAAACGCAAUUUCAUCGAGCAUUACGCUUUCUGCUGUGCGUGUUGUGAGCCAGGAACAAAUCUCCAAAGUCCAGACACUCUUGUCAGAUCUCUCUGCCUUCUUAUCGGAAGGAGUUCUGAAUCAGGAUUUCGUGCUCAACAAUAUCUCAACUCUACUGUCUUGUGCACGGGACUGUAAUGCGACAUUACGAUGGCUGCUGCUUCAUAAUAUCACCACCAGCCGUAAACUUCGAGAAUUGGUAUCGAAUCAAGAUAUGGCUUUGCUGACUUUAUUGCUGGACACUUCAAGGCUGGAGUUCGAGCUUAAGAAUGUCUAUGGUGAACUUUUGAAGAGGAAAGAAUCCCGUUGGGCUGAAUCCAAGACGAUCGUCGCUGAAUGCAUGAAUGACCUCUCUGCGUUUUUUUCGGGGGUUAAGGUUCUGUCGAGGACUAUCAGAGAUGAGAACUUGCAACAAUGGUUCUCUCAAAUGUGUUCUGAGGUUAAUUCUUUAGACUAUUCCGAGGCAGUAACUGCAGGUAGGAAAAUUCAACACAUAAUUACAGCGCUUGAAGAGGUUGAACAUUUUCAUCAAAUACAAGGAAGUCUUCAGACUAAGCAAUACUUGUCAGAGGCGCGAAUGCAAUUGCAAGAAAUGAUUAGGACACUCAACGUGCAAGAAAGUACCCUUGCUACUAUAUCAGUGAUCAGCGACUGCUCUUACUCAUGGGGCUUGAUAGGAGAAUUUACUCUUCUUAUUCAAUCUCAAAUCCAAAAUGAUCCAUUCACUGUAUCGAAAUUACAGUGUUUGUUUCUCAAGCUGCGCUCUGUUAUGGAUAUACCACUCUUGAGGCUAUAUCAGAGCCAAAGUGCGGACCUCGACUCUGUCUCAGAAUACUACUCAUCUGAGCUUAUAAACUACGUGCGAAAUGUUUUGGAAAUUGUCCCUGCCAGCAUGUUUACGAUUCUCAACGGGGUAAUCAAGGAGCAAAUGAUGAACUUAAGCGAGAUACCAGGGCGGUUUGAGAAAGAUUCCUUGAAAGACUACGCGAAGCUGGAUGAGCGUUACGCGUUGGCAAAGGCAACUCAAAGAGUUGCUGUAUUUACGCAGGGAAUAAUGUCAAUGAAAAGAACUUUCAUUGGCGCGAUUGAGCUGGAUCCAAGGCAACUUCUUGAAGAAGGAAUACGUAGAAAACUAGCAGAGGAGAUCGACUUGGCUUUGAAAAAAACAUUGGUCUUUUCUACAGGUCAAACUGACGAUCUUGAAGACAAACUAGAAGCAUUAUCCGCCUCAUUAUCCUCGCAACGCCAGUCAAUGGAAUAUUUUCAGGAUUACGUUCACGUUCACGGCCUAAAGCUUUGGCAAGAAGAAUAUACAAACAUAGUAAAUCAUAAUACUGAACUGGGAUGUAAACACUUUCUGACCAAAGUUCACAAGCAGCCGACGUCCAUACUUGAUUCAGGAAGCGUCAACGAUGAUAAUUUUAUGAAUCGAGUUGUGCUAAAACUGCUCAACCUUACAAAUCCUUCGAAAUCUAUGUACCUCGCCCCAAUGACUGGCUGGUUCAAUGCGGAAGGCCAAGAGCUUGUGGGUUUGAGAACCUUCAUCACCUUGCAAGAAAGUCUCGGACCUGUCGGAGUAUCUGGUAUUGAUUCGAUCGUUUCUUCUCAUGCUGCGAGAGUGCUCGGGAAGUGUAUCUUUAGUUUCCGCUCCGAGAUUGAAGUCAAGCUGCUAGACCACUUACAGGCGUUGGAAGGUGCGGUUAGACCACUUUCUGUUACCCCCAAUGGAGCUGUAUACGCUGAGUGUAUUGCGUUGAUAUCAACAAGCUCCGAGUGCGUAACAUGGGUGGAGUCAUUAGCGCACAUUGGACAGCUACAACUCAUUCGAUGCCUUCUUUCAUCGCAAUUACGUGCAGCAUCUCAGUUGGAGUCGGGCAUGGUCUUUUUCGCGUUGGAAGGUCUCGGUACUGCUCUAUUUUCUACCAUGGAAACUGAUAGCGAGCGUACAAAUGAGAAAAGCAACGGAGUUUUGAAGGAGCUAGCGAGGCAGCUCCAAGCAUGCGGCAUGUUUUCGCCAAUGAAAACUACCUACAUCACAGCGAAAGCCCCUGCUCACAUUAGCCUCUUCUUGUUCCUCAUCACCAUCACUCAGCUUACACGCUUUGUGCUUGACAAGCACUUGGGAACACUCGUGAGCAAAGCCAAAAAGACCGCGCUGGAUUGCUGCCCUCUGGUGGCUGGCUUCGCUACACUGCUCCAUCAGUUUCACCCCUCCCAUUCAAUCUUGUACAUACAGUACCUGGCACAAUUUGCACAAGCGCACAUCGGGAAGAGCUCGGAAUCAUCAACAGCACCGCAGUGGGAGGUUGCGAACACUGUUGCAUGGAUACUAGACUUUGCGAAGUAUGCGCGAGUGUCUCACGAGGUGCUCGAGACUAGUGUGCCUCCCUUGGUUCUGGAAAGCUUUGGGACAAGCAUGGGCACCAGGUCACACAUAAGCUGAAAGCACUAAAGGGGUUUAUCAUUUUCAGCUAGAGCUUUAAAGGUGUCUAUUACUGCAUCUUCAAUCACUGAGAAUGUCCAGUUCUUGAAACUCCUGACAGUGGUAUUCGAGUUUGAGAACAAGGUGUUUCCACUGGACAAAGUUGCCGGUUCCCAGGAGAGAACUUAGGAAUUGGCAGACAGGGGAUUGAAGUUUCCAGCUUUAGCAAUCAAGGCCAGCAAUAGCAGCUUUGUUGCGCAUCUUUACAUAGUCCCAAGAAGCAUGACACCCUGGGACUGCCUAUAUUUUUUUGUAUUAUACGUGAAGGAAUAGUUUAGGUUAUCCAAAUAAGGCAAUCAAAGUUCGUUGUUGGGUGGUCU